UUGCUUUAGACAAAGUGAUUCUUCUAAUUCAAUGUGCUGUAUUACUGAGCCCUAGGUUACAGUGCAAAGCUGAAUGUUCCUUUUUUAGGAAUUUUUUUGUAGGGCCAUUAGUAAAAGCAGCAAAGUAAAGAUGGCUACAUGCAGCAUUUUUGUCAGUUCUUAAGAUUUGUCUGGGGAGAUUAGAACAGACUACAAAGCAGAUGGCACAAUUGCAGGGAUGACAUUGUAGAGCAGCGUCAUUUUGUUUUGUGGGGUUGUGUUGUGAUUUUUGUGAUUCCCCUCUAUUUCAGGGAUCUUACAUAUUUUUCAGUAGUCUUCAUGGUAAAAGUAAGUAGUCUAGUUUGCCUGUGUAAACAAACCAAUAUGCUCUCUAGAAAAGUGUAUCGGAGCAGUUAGUUGGCAGGGACAAAAGCUUGUAAAGCAAAGCACUUCCUAGCGGAGCACGAAGAACUUUAAAAUGUCUUGGCAACAGCAGAAAGUAGUUUUCCUUGUUUUUUUCUUUCCUUUCUUUUUUUUUUCAUGUCAGUCUAAAACAAUGGUUUGGUCUUCUCGUUUCUAUCCAGGUAUAUAAAAAAAGAUGGGACAGGUGUUUUGUUUGGAUGCAAUACUGUUUUGUUGAAUGAUGUGGAUGUUACCUGCUGCCUGCACGUGACUUUUCGUUGUAUUCUCACUGCAGUAAAAAACAAAUGGGAAGAGGAUCCUCGAGUAACAUUGUGGUUUGGAAGGUGACAAAGGAUGGUACAACUGAUGUCCUGCAUCCCACCGCAUAACCAUGUGCAGCAUCAGUUCCAAGGAAAAAUGUUUGUUUGUAGGGCCAAAUCCAGAAGUCUGAGAAAGUGCUUUUGGAUUUAUGACACGAGUUGCUCUGCAGGCAGAAAAGAUGAAUCAUCAUCCUGAAUGGUUUAAUGUGUACAGCAAGGUUCAGAUAACUCUCAUUUCCCAUGACUGUGGGGGACUGACCAAAAGAGAUGUGAAGCUGGCACAGUUCAUUGACAAGGCGGCUGCUUCUGUGUAGUAACUGAAUAUGGAAAACCUUGUAAAAAUGCUAUUGCUUUGAAAACACUUGAUAGCUAAACAAUAUUGCUUGGUCAGUGCGGUGAUCUACAUUCUCCACUGAGUCCGUCCCUUGUGCCUCUUGAGAUCCAAAUCCCCGUGUUGGUUACACGUCCCGUGUAGCUGAUAAACAGCCAGGUUUAUUUUGAACAGCCCCGUCUUAGAAAUUAAAAGAGUGUUUUAACAUUAAACACCAAACCCAAGAAUGCGAGUCACCAUUAUCCUACAAGACAUGAAAGCCAGAAGGAAACUUGGAGCCUGGCCAGAAUUAUGAGUAUUCCCCAAGUCCACAGUAAUCUCGCCUAGUAAUGCAGCAGCUCUACCAGAGUGAGCCUGGGGCUGCUGCCAAGCAAAUGGAUCCUGUUCCUGGUGCCCAGCCAAGCAGGGCAUUUGGGUGACUUAUUUCCUCCCCUGUCCCUAUACUUUUGCAUGCAGAGAACCACAGCAGUGAGAUGCUUUUGAGAACCGACCCCCUUCUUAGCUGUACACAUGGGGCUUGAUCUUGUGAAUGUCUCAGUCACCUUGGCCCUGAUCCAGCAAACUGUAAGCACAUAAGUCACUUAACAUAUAUGCUCUGGGAGCAUCCUUGUACUUAUGGUAAGUAUGGGUUUCAGUGCGUUGCUGCACUGGAGGGUCAGGUGCUCAGCAUUUUACAGGAUUGUGCCCUUACCUUGUUAUGACAUUUUCACGUUUCAUUAGAGCCUGCAGGAGUAGUGAGCGGCUUCUGUAACACCAGUCAGUCCUGUCAGCAGCAGAGGCCACAUUAGAUUCUUCUAUGAAGCCAUAUUAGUGUGAAAGUUCUGGUUACCCAUUUUCUUACAGUCACAGUAAUUUGUUUUUUAAUCUAAUUCCAAGGCCUCCAUGACUUGCCAAGUGGGUAGAAAACCAUUCCUUACAAUGACCCCAGAUUGUAAAGACUUGGUCUUUUUCUGUGAUACUGGCUCAGAUUGGAUUCCCAUGGACAGCGGUGGGAUUUCUGCCCAAGCAAAUACUGCAGGGACAGGCCCCUUCUUUGUAGUCCUGUUACUAUGUAUACCUAGCCUGUAGCAUCAAACCUGUCAGAUAAUACCUAAAGAACGAUUGGCAUCUUCCACCCCUGCAUCUAGGCAUUUAUUAUGAUGACACCAGAGGCACAGUUUAUAACUAGGAAACUAGAUCUAUGCUGAAUGAUUGCUAAAGCAAUAUUUGGUGUACUUGUUGGAUUUUUGGUCUUUCUGAUAAUUUUGGAGGCACUGCCAGUAGCUAAUACAGAAAUAUUCCAGUCAUUACACUUUUAAGAAAUGAAUAAUGCAUCCUUAACUAAUUCAGUGUCAUACACUGAUAGACAGCAGUAAUUAAUUUUUAAUUUGUAGGAUGUUAAGGCUAAGAGUUAUUUUUAGUGACCAUCCCUGGGAUAUAGGGUUAAAACUUAGAAGCAAGUCAAUUCAAGUUUUAUGUGCUAAAAUACCAAUCUCUCUACAAACGGUCUGACUUUGCCUGUAGGAAGCAAAGGAUUUUUUGGACACGAUUUUUAAAUGAUCAUUGCAACAAAGAAUUAAUCAAGCCCCCUUUUCUCCCAAAGCCCCCAAACCGUAAUUGGUGUAUCGUGUCAACCAUGGAUAAAUGAACUGUCAAGCCUAAAAGUUUGAGUCUCUCUAAUGGGCUCUGAAAAGAGAUGGGGGGAGGGGGCUGUUUAGAAAAUGGUCUAUUAUGCAAAUGCUUUGAAUAAAAACGAAAAUCAAAAUACCUCUCUAAUUUGUUUCUGCAUAGUUGUGUAUAUACAUGUAUGUGACAAAAUUCUUUGGCUUUGGCCUAAAUUGUAUUUAGGGUCUUGUGUUUAAAACAUUAAUUUCUACAUCAUGUUAGGAAAAAAUUUGCCACUAUGUUAUCCCUUGGGAUAUUGGUUAGUUGUAUCAUGCUGUACUAUGUUGUUAUUUUUGAGGUCUGUCGCAUAGUAAUAGAAACCAGGCAAAAUAAAUUGUCAUGAAAGGUGA